AUGGAUCCCAAUGAACGGCCGAUUCAUAAGGUCCGGUCCAAUUCAUCGACCUAUAGAGUGAGAAGACCGAGCCGUACAGCAUCAAAAUAUGGGUCAAUUGUAGAAGAAAGAAUCAGGAACGAUCCUACAGACUCCAGCAAUGAUAGCGAAGAAGAGGAAGAAGAGGAAGAAGAGGAAAAUACAGGAGAAAGGCGUUCCGAAAUGGAUGAUGAAGAAGGACUCAGCAGCACACAUAAGCAGCGCUCUCGUCGUCAAAGUCGUCAGUUAAGUGAACAAAUGUCAUUUGCAAGUCUUGAUCAUGAGAUCACGUUAAAAGACAAACAAGAAGCUAUGAAUAAGCAACAUCCUUUCGGUCUGCCUUUGUGGAAACCAGCAUUAUACAAGAAAUCUCGUUCAGUAGUUCGGAAAGCAAAUAGUGCAUUGCAUUCAUCUCCAUCUUCGUCCUCCGAAAAUUUUCUGAAUCCAGGUAAUUUACUAUGGUUAAUCAUUUUUGGCUGGUGGCUCGCUUUGGUCGUGUAUGCAGUGUCGAUUUUUAUGCAUAUCUUGGGUGGUCAUGCUUAUGGCAUCAUGUUACGUGAACUAAGUUCCUAUCUGCUUUGGCCAUUUGGUCGAUAUGUGGAACGUCUGGUGGAAAUUACACCUUCCAUCAUAAGUAACUUGGAACGAGAACAGACAUCAGGCCAGUCUUCAGUUGUCAUUAGUGAUUUGGAUGAAUAUCAAGACGAUGAAAGUGGUCCGUUAUUGGACCAUCACCUCAUCAAGCAUAAAAGGUACAACUGGUUUCACGCAGUCGCUGAAACCAUCAGAUCGGGCCCUACAGCUUGUCUUUAUUACCUGCUCUUUUAUACUAUCAUUGCCCCUUUAUUGAUAUUAGUAUCGACACUCUGUUGGAUGUGCGUAGUAACUGUACCAAUGGCCAAACUCAACUAUAUUUUGGUCCGCCAUUUACGUCGCCAUCCACUCAGUCUUCGAUUUCACUCGAAAUCGUCCAUCGUCUCCAGCACUCAUCAACAGCCAACUGUCAUUUUACUCUGCACUUAUCAAGCCUUUGGAUGGCAAUAUUACAAAUAUACUUAUAAUGGUAUCAAUAUUAUGUUCAUCAACUUGAUGCCUCUUGUAUUUUUCGUCAUUUUCGACGAUUACAUAUUGAAGGAACAUUUUCCCACCGCACUGAUGACAUCGCCGCAAAUUAUCUUUGGUUUAUCGCUUGCUUCAGUCAUUCCAUUAUCUUAUUUCAUUGGCAUGGGCGUCAGUUCAGUAUCAGCUCAAAGUAGUAUGGGUUUAGGUGCCGUCAUCAAUGCAACCUUUGGCAGUAUUAUUGAGAUCAUUCUUUAUGCAGCAGCAUUGAUGGCAGGAAAAAGUUCGCUUGUAGAAGGAUCUUUGAUUGGCAGUAUUUUGGCAGGUGUUCUGCUUAUGCCCGGAUUCUCAAUGAUAAGCGGCGCUGUCAAGAGGAAAGAACAGAAGUUCAAUGCCAAAAGUGCAGGCGUCACGAGUACUAUGCUCAUUAUGGCUAUCAUUGGCGCUUUAUCACCUACAUUAUUCUACCAAUUCUUCGGUUCGUUCGAAUUGCGUUGCACUGGAUGCCCUGAUGUUUCUGAACCCGGCGGAACAAUGGCUUGCUCGCAUUGCUACUAUGACCAGUUGAAUCCAUCAGAAGAUCCUGUUUAUCAAAAUAGUGUUAAACCUUUCAUGUGGAUUUGUGCGGCUAUAUUACCUUCUGCUUAUGUUAUUGGGCUUUUAUUCAGUUUGCAUACGCAUGCUGAUAUGGUUUGGAAGAGCCACAUUUCCAACAAACCUCAUGAAACCCCGGUUGCCGCUGUUGUUCAUCCACAAAGAGUAUACCCUGUACAUAUCAUCCAAACUAACCAACAACAGCAAGAUCAGCAAGAAUCGAAUGAACAUACUCCACUAAAUACUCAUACUUACAUGCAAGGUUUGUUAAAUGUUAAUACGGCGGCGGCCGACAGGGCUGGUGGUGUCACGGCAGCCACUACGAUCGGACAGCCAUUAGCCUUUAUUCAUGCCAGAGAACCGGAGGAAGAAGAGGAAGAAGAAGCAGCCGCUGGUCAUGACUCACCCAAUUGGAGUAAAGCCAUGAGUUACUCUGUUCUAUUUGGUUGUACAUUCUUAUAUUCUGUUAUUGCCGAAAUUCUAGUGCAAACAGUGGACACUGUCAUGGAAAAUGUUGCUAUCGAUGAAAAAUUCUUGGGUCUGACAUUGUUUGCGUUGGUGCCAAACAUUACUGAAUUCAUGAAUGCUAUCUCUUUUGCUCUAUAUGGAAACAUUGUCUUGAGUAUGGAAAUCGGCUCAGCAUAUGCUCUACAAGUCUGCUUACUACAGAUUCCUGCUAUGGUAGCUUUUUCAUUAUGGUACAAUUGGGGCAAAGAGGAAAUAAGAAAGUUUACAUUUAAGUAA